AUGUCAGCCAUAAUCUGUGUAACCGCGAUAGUUAUAGCACCGGCUUUCUUGACUGGCUUAUUGUUUUAUCGGUACUACAUUAAAGAUCCUCUGCGGUCUGUCCCAGGUCCCUUCUUGGCCUCCUGGUCAAGGUUAUGGCUACUACGUCAAGUAUACAGUGGUCAGCUACAUAUCUCGGAUAUCAAAGCCCACGAGAAAUAUGGACCGAUAUACCGCGCAGCACCGAACUAUGUUAUCGUCAAUGAUCCCAAAUACAUUCAUGAGUCCCACAAGUGGAAUCGUUCAGACUGGUUUAUUACCCUCGACCCUCAGGUUGGGUUACAGAGCGUGGGUACAGCGAGAACUAUGAGUCAACAUAACUUCCAACGGAGAAGAAUUGCGCCAGCGUAUAAUCUCGAUUCGACCUACAAGAUGGAGCAGAGACUAGACAUUUCGAUCCUAGAGUUUAUCCAAACAUUAAAUAUUCGAUUUGCCAUGACCGGAAAGGUCUGCGACCUCUCUGACUAUAUCCAUUUUUUUGCAUUCGACACCAUCAUGGACUUGGCAUUUAGUGACCGUGUUGGAUUUGUCAAAGAAGGCCGAGAUGUCAAUAAUAUAAUCGAAUCAUUGACCGCGCUCUUUGGUGUAACCCGGAUCAUGACAACAUUUCCUGAACUGCAAAAGCUUAUCAAUCACAAAUGGGUCACCCCGUUUUUGGGCUCGAAGCCCUCUGAUGACUACGGUCCUGGCAUGGUCCGAGGAAUGGCGAUAAAAGAAGUCGAACGAAGACUCGAAGGCAAUACUACGACAGUAGCCAAUGAUCUGCUGUAUAGAUUCAUGCAAUACAAAGAUGAGAAUGGCAAGAGCAUUCCUCGCCGGGACCUCGAAGUGGAGUCCUUUACGCCAGUGAUUGCUGGUCCUGAAUCCGUCGCCACUAUCCUCCGGGUUGCAAUUGUUUAUAUAAUUUGUACUCCCCGUGUAUACCGGAGGCUUAUGGCUGAAAUUGACGAAAAAUGCCGUUCCGGCAGCCUCUCCACACCAGUGACGUACCGGGAAACCAAAGGCCUCCCGUUCCUAUGCGCGGUUGUCAAAGAAGUCUUCAGAAUUCAUCCGCCUAUUGGGACCCCCUUUCCUCGGACUGUACCGCCUCCCGGAGCAACCAUCUGUGGCCACUUCCUUCCGGGAGGGUGCGAUGUUGGCUUCAGCAUGUGGGCAUUGGGACGUAACAAAACUGUAUUUGGGGAUGACGUAGAUGCGUUCCGCCCCGAGAGAUGGAUGGACAGCAAGGAGAAAAUUACCAGCUAUGAGAAGGCAGACUUGGCAUUUAGUGCAGGCUUAACAACCUGCCUUGGAAAGCAUAUUGCACUCUUUGAGAUUCAGAAGACUUUAGUUGAGUUGUUUCGGAACUUUGAGAUCAACUUGGCAAACCCCUUCCAGCCUUGUAUGACUAAUAAUAUCUUGACAUUUGUCGUACACAAUAUGCCGGUCCGUAUAAAUUCCAGACCUAAGGCAAAUAGCCACAUAACAAUGUCUACUCAGAAGGACGAUACUGCAUAAUCAUCUUGUAGCAGUGAAUAGCUGGGAGAAUAGGUGUUCCAGGAAUAGAGAAAAAAGGACGGGGCAAGUUUG